UGCUGUGCUGUUUACACCUGUUGACAGGCACUCCGCUGCUGUGGCCGGUCCUGGGCACCAGUGUUUUUCUGAUCGAAGUCCUUGUUUAACAACUAUGGAAAUGGAACAAGAGAAAGUCAACAUGAGUAAGGCACUGAGUGCAGAGUCGGCCUCCUACCGCUGCUCCGCGUGCCAUGGGGACGAGGACUGGGGGCCCAACCACCCCAUCCGGGGGCGGGCCAAGUCCCGCAGCCUGUCUGCCUCGCCCGCCCUGGCGAGCACCAAAGAGUUCAGGAGGACUCGCUCUCUGCAUGGGCCAUGCCCAGUGACCACGUUUGGACCAAAGGCCUGUGUGCUGCAGAACCCCCAGACCAUCAUGCAUAUCCAGGACCCUGCCAGCCAGCGGUUGACGUGGAACAAGUCCCCAAAGAGUGUUCUUGUCAUCAAGAAGAUCCAGGACGCCAGCUUGCUGCAGCCCUUCAAGGAGCUCUGUGUGUACCUGAUGGAGGAGAAUAACAUGAUUGUGUAUGUGGAGAAGAAAGUUCUAGAAGACCCUGCCAUAGUGAGCGAUGACAAUUUUGGACCAGUGAAAAAGAAGUUCUGCACUUUCAGAGAAGAUUAUGAUGACAUUUCCAAUCAGAUCGACUUCAUCAUAUGCCUGGGAGGGGAUGGGACCCUGCUCUACGCAUCCUCACUGUUCCAGGGCAGCGUGCCUCCGGUCAUGGCGUUCCAUCUGGGUUCCCUGGGCUUCCUGACCCCCUUCAACUUUGAGAACUUUCAGUCCCAAGUUACUCAGGUGAUACAGGGGAAUGCAGCUGUUGUUCUUCGGAGCCGGCUCAAGGUCAGGGUCGUGAAGGAACUCAGAGGGAAGAAGAUGGUGGUGCCCAACGGGAUCAGCGAGAACGGCUUGCUGGCUGCGGACCUGGAUGCAGAGGUUGGGAAGCAGGUCAUGCAGUACCAGGUCCUGAACGAGGUGGUGAUCGACAGAGGCCCCUCCUCAUACCUGUCCAACGUGGAUGUCUACCUGGAUGGGCACCUCAUCACUACGGUGCAGGGUGACGGGGUGAUCGUCUCUACCCCGACGGGUAGCACAGCGUAUGCGGCCGCCGCCGGGGCCUCCAUGAUCCACCCCAACGUGCCGGCCAUCAUGAUCACACCCAUCUGCCCCCACUCGCUGUCAUUCCGGCCUAUCGUGGUCCCCGCGGGGGUCGAGCUGAAGAUCAUGCUGUCACCGGAAGCAAGGAACACUGCAUGGGUGUCCUUUGAUGGACGAAAGAGACAGGAGAUCCGCCAUGGAGACAGCAUCAGCAUCACUACCUCUUGCUACCCGCUUCCCUCCAUCUGCGUCCGAGACCCCGUGAGCGACUGGUUUGAGAGCCUGGCGCAGUGUCUGCACUGGAACGUGCGGAAGAAGCAGGCGCACUUCACGGAGGAGGAGGAGGAGGAGGCGGCGGCGGAGGCGGAGGCGGGGGAGGGCUAGGCCUCAGCUCCUGCCCUCCACACUCAGAACCCCAGAGUCCCAAAGCUGCUCUGCUGCCUCGUUCCCACGUGGCCUCCGGGAGCCGGCUGUCCUGAGCACGUGUGCUGUGAGCCCCGAAUCAGGCGCCAGAAGUCACAGCACUUUUGUCUGUAGCCAGGGGAAGAGCCGGGAAUCUGCCUUUUGUCGACCAGAUCAGCUGUUUUUAACAUUUUAAAUCUGACUUCUUUUUUGCAUUUCUAAAUAAGGAAAGUGAGUGCUGGCGGGGGCUCCCAGGUCCACACCGUGCACCUGGGCUGUCGCUCAGAGCCUGGUCCCAGGGUGGGGACGCCGGAGCUGGGUGUGCGCUUUGUGAUUCCUUGUCAGGCAGCCUGUGCUCCACAAUCAGUCUGUUGAAAUUCAGAGGGGAUCAGAAUGGAUUGAUUGGACUUUCUGUGUUGAAAAUAAAUGUCUUGUAGUCAAAAAUCUUCCUUUAGCUACCACGAUUUUCCCCUUAAAUCCUGCACCUUUUCCCCUAAAAGGACUCGGAGGGGACGCUUCUGCAGAGAGCAGUUCGGUAUUUGAUUGGCUGAUGAGUGGAGGGGUCCCCUCUCCCUCCUGCUCGGCACCUGCACCUCAUCCGGGCACACCUUGCUGCCUUGGUCCCAAGCCCCCCCCCCCCCCCGCCCCACUGUGGUGUGACGGGUGCUGGCAGGGCUCCACGCUAUGGCCCCCGCAAGCCCAGCGGUGGCCUGGUAGGUCAGACCCACGCACAUUCCUCAUGAAGCAGGGACGGCCCCCUCUGCACCCUGGAAGGUAUUUUAAAUCCUGUGUAUACUUUGUAGAGAUUAUUUUAAGCUUUCUGAACUGCUUAUAUACAGAUUUUAUUGUACACACUUUGAAGAUUUCAGAGGGAACGGGAUUUGUACUGUUGUGAAAUGGAGCCUUGCUCCACUGUUUACACGUGUUCUGUGUGGCACUGUGUGCUGGGACCACUGUUCAGCAUGCUCACCGUGGGGGUGACGGUCCACGGAGAGAGAGGGUGCUUCUCGGUCAGUAAGCCGUGGUACUUUGCAACUGCAACUAGAAGAUGGGGACACAUUGGUUAGUGAGGAAAGAGGUGGUUGGGGACGUUUGGUGUUGGUUCUGCUCUUGCUUCUCCCCGUGGGUCUUGGGCUUGCAGGGAAACUCCCAUCAUUCCAGUGGUCGCUCCUCGGCCGGCCGGGCGCGUGGGGCGUGGGCACGUGUGCUUGCCACGUGGGACCCAGAGCCCGUGUGGUCUGGUGGGAGUCGUGGCUCAGUGCACGUGGCUUCGGCCCCUGGUUAUUGUUCCCUGACAGAUGUCCUACACUCGGGCAUCUGUUUCUGAGUAACUGAUUUUUCUUUGAGCUGCAUUUUUAAUCUGUUGAAUUGGCAAGAACAGAAGGGACAGAAGCUGCCCUUUCUUGGACCCACUUCUGGAGUGACAGGGACGGGCCUGUGCUUUGCCUCGUGGAGGGUCACGUGCCUCAUUCUUGGGCUGAUGGAAAGGCCCUGGGGCCACACGUGCAGGCAGCCUCAGCCAGGGGCCUCCAUAGAGCAGGCUCUGCAGCCUGAGCGUGGUCUCCCAGGUCCGUGUUUCAGCGCCUCUGGCCCUCAGUGUGGUGCUUGGCGGAUGGCCAAGGGAAAAGGAGGUGGGCCCUUGUUGCCAUCUGCCAGGGGCGGGGCACGGUUCGAGGCUCGCUGCCCGGCCUCCCUUGGGCUGAGAGGGGGCCGAACCAAAACUCCCAGCUUUAGGUCCAAAAGACAGUGGCAUUUGGGAUUUGGGUCACUGGUGUAGACAAAAAAGCAAGUAUUAACCAAGUCCGAAAGCAGCAUGAUUUGAAUGAUCUAGAAAACUUCGGAUUUUUUGAAGUAAAUUCUUAAUGUUUCAUAUUGUUAAUAUCUUGAAAAUUUGUUAGAUGUUGUUGAAAGCCUUAUUACAAUAUUUUCAGAUCCUUUCAAUAAACAGACUUGUUUAAAAAGUU